GGGGGGGGGGGGGGGGGGCUCCUGAGCUCUAGCUGCACCAGAGUGAACUGCACUUAACUGAACCAAACCAAACUUAAACUAACUCAGAUGUUAAAUCCAAGUCAACCUGACAGAGGAGGAUCUUGGGGGGUUUCAUUCCAGAUCUGCUCUCACAUCCCAACGGAGAUGAAGUGGUAUGAGGUGGAACUUAAAAAACAAAAAAAGACUUUUCUAAUUUUUUUUCUCAUUUUACACUACAUGUAAAGUGUUUUUUUUUUUUUUUUUUGUGAAUACUGUAGCCAAUAGUCACCUAGGCAAGACAAGGUAACGGAUCAAAUCCAAUGUAACAGAACCAAAAGCGGCGACUUUCUGACUGCAUCUGUACAACCUAGCGUUUACUCUCUUCACACACACACACACACACACGCGCGUAAAAUGAAUAAUCUCUUCCACUGCCUGUAAGAACUGUGUCAAAGUGAGUACCAUUAGGCUGAAGGUCAAAGGGCAUUUGGAGAACAACUGUGUACUUAAGUUAGGAGCACAGGACAAUAUCUCUCUUUUUAUUCAAAUUAUUCUCAGUUAAUAUUUAACAACUCAGGAAAAUGUCAGCAAAUCAGGAAACCUGUCCCUUCAGCAUCCAGAGUGGAUCAACAUAAAGUUCCACACACUGCAUGUGAUGGAAAAAAACAAAACAUAAAUGCGUACUCUAUUUAAGAAAUCAGGGUUAAAAACAUUUUUCUUCCCUUUUUAUUUAUUGAUCAUGUUCACCAUCCAUCACAGCCAAUGACGGUUCCUCUGUGUUUUAUUUUCCCAAAAUAACUGCAGUUGUUUCCAGAUGUGUACAUAAGCAGGAAGGCCUGAAGCAUGUGAGUGAGAGAGUCAUGGGUGAAAAAUUCAAUAUUUGGAACUGAUUGCAAUUGUUUUACGCUUCCUUUAUUUUGAGAUGUGAGCAGAUUCAGAACUACGCCUGUUUUUUUGGUUUUUUUUGUUUGUUUCACUCUUCACUUAAUUGCAUCCAUAUCUGUUCAUGGAGGAGAACAAUAAGACCACUACACUGUAAAUGUCAAUGGUUGAUGUGCGGCCACGGGUUAGCAUCAUCAGUCUGUGGAAACAAGGUCUUUUAUUGGAUGGAAGUGUCUCUGUGUUUUAUUUAUAUUCCACUGUUUGAUACAUGCAGUAAACUCCAAGUCCUUUAUGUACAUUAAUGGAACAACAGAUCCCGUUCCACAAGUACUCACAGGCUGCAUGAAUAAUUUAAUCAUUUUUAGUGAGACAUGGUGAUGUUUUGAACCCUAGUGAAAUGAUUGAUUGUUGGACUCACGUUUAUCAAAAAACAACAACAACAGCAGAGACCGUAGUUGCAUACAUAAUUUGUCCAACCAUGAAACUCCUACUCUUCCAGGACUACUGAAAAUCACUAGACAGUUGUACAUACAUACCAUGUCGUAAUCAUUUAAAAAUGUGUUAACCAUGUUUCAAUCUAACAAUUUUAAGUCUCCCCAGUUAUUAUUAUGUAAUAAAACAUACUUUAAUAUGUCAUUAAAAUUGGGAUUUGGCAACAAAAACUGUAGAUCUCUACAGUUUAGUCAUAUAUAUAUAUUUAUAUAUAUUUCAAAGAAGCUACUCAUUCCUCCCUGAAAUUGACUGUGAACCUCAGAUAUUGAUUAGUUGAUAAAACCUAAUGAUAUGAUCUGAUGAAAUAUAUAAUCUAAAUCACAGACAGGUACUAAAAUGUAAGUAUUUGCAGCAUCUACAAGUCAAAAGCAAAGGGCAACAGACUGCAUGAGAGACAGAGCAGGGACCAUCUACUGUAUAACUCUGUAACUUCUGCCGUUUUUAUGUUAGAUUUGAUCAAUGGAAAUUUCAAGGCACCCAAAUUUAUGAAAACUUCACGACCUCCUGCAGUACCUUUGCAGAUCCUCUAGGAGCCACGUAUCCUUUGUAAAAGACCAAUGUGUCACAAUGCAUUGUGACCGGUGGACAGCAGCGGGCUGCAUAUGCGAAUUUCGCCCGCAAGUGGGCAGCAUUGAGCCGGUCUGCUCCUUCUCUCUCCCUCCCCUUUUCCUCCACACGCCGAAUUAGCAUUCCCCCUCAAAUCUCACCCUCGGUCUGUCGCUAUCUUCCUCUCUCCUUACCAAAACACUCCGGAUGGGCAGAAAAAAUGUCGUGAGUGAACCGGAGGCUGACGAGCACCGUUCACCGUCUGAUAGUGAGCAGCCUCGACCGGACAUGGACUUGAGGAGCCGCCACGGCGACAGCGGAGAGAAGAGACAACGGAGCACAAAGCCCACGACCACCGCAGCUGCCGCUCGCCUUACCGCUUAAGAACAACACUGUAGCGUUGGUACCGAAUCACAGAGAUACUUCAUAGAACCCCAGACUAUCAUAUAGGACUGGGACGAACUGUCGGCUGCUUCUUAACCGGGAAAAUCUGCUCCGGAGGAAAGAAAGACGGAGAAAAUGAGUGAACAGAGCAUCUGCCAGGCGCGGGCCUCUGUCAUGGUGUACGAUGACGCCAGUAAAAAGUGGGUGCCCAUCAAGCCCGGGCAGCAGGGAUUCAGUCGCAUCAACAUCUACCACAACACUGCCAACAACACCUUUAGAGUGGUGGGAGUCAAACUGCAGGACCAGCAGGUGGUGAUAAACUACUCCAUAGUAAAGGGUCUGAAAUACAAUCAGGCCACUCCCACCUUCCACCAGUGGCGUGAUGCUCGUCAGGUCUACGGGCUCAACUUCGCCAGUAAGGAGGAGGCCACGACUUUCUCCAACGCCAUGCUGUUCGCUCUCAAUGUCCUCAGCUCACCUGACAGUGGAGGUCCAGUCGUUCAGCGCCAAAAUGGGCCGUCCUCGGAUGAAAGUGAGGCGCAGAGAAGGAUGAUGGAGCAGCAUCAGAUGCAAGCCCACAAGGAGAGGGAGAGACGGACGUCAGGAUCAGUCGUUUCCACUCUCCAAUAUAAAGUCUCCACUCCCCCCAUCCACCCUGACACUCCACCCGAGUACAGACAGUACAGAGCUAGCACACUGCCACCUGCCUAUGUCCGCGUGGCCUCCUCCUCUCCCCCCUCCUCCUCUGCCUCCUCCUCUCCUUCUCAGGAGAAGGAGCUAGCAGCAGCUAGGGACAAGGCCCAGCUCUCCUCCCAGCUCUCCACCUCGCUCGCUUCAGCUUUUUCCCCAGUGCAGGCAGGAGUGACCACCCAGGGCCGACAAGUCCGUCAGAUCCCCCUGUCUCCACCCACAGCUGCCCGACACCUGCUCCUGCAGCAGCAGCAGCAGGACCUCAUGCUGCCUCCCAAACACGGCACCUGGUCCGCCUCACAUUUACAGCAGAUGUACGCCCAGAUGGCCCCCUCCUCUUCCCCUCCCGUCAUGAUGGCCGUGCCAGUGAAGCAGGGCUUGCCCCCUCAGCCCGUCCUGCCCGUAGCCCACCCACUCCCACCCCUGAGCACCAGGAUGAAGCACCCAUCUCUCGACCCGCAGGGUGCUGCUCAGCAGCAGUACGCCCAGCACCCACCUCACCCCCACUCCAACGGCCAGCCAGACAACUCUUACUCACCUCACUCUCAGCAUCCAGCACCCAUGCCUCAGCACUGUGAACCCACACCCCUGCCUCCUCUGACAGCCCACCAGCCCCAGUAUCCACCCAGCCUCCACCCUCAGCAGCAUCUGCAACAGCUUCCACCAACUCCACCUCCACAGCAGCAGCAGGUGUACCACCAACAGGCCCAGCCCCUUACAGCCACCAUCACCUCCUCCUCACCCCCUUCUUACGCAGCUAUGCCUGAUGGUGCCUUACCCAAGGAGGCCCACUCCCCUGUCCCCCAGCAGGUCCCUGUGGCUAGCAGCAGUCCUCCUGUCUCCGCAGGUCACCCGGCCAUGCUCUCUGUGGCACCUCCUCCAACUUCAGCUCCAGCUCCCCUUGCUGGUCCUCCAGCACCUCCGCCACCACCAGGCCCACCACCUCCUAUGGCUGUGCCCCCUCCCAUGCCCCCUCCCCUGCCUGCUGGUGGGGGGCCUCCUGGUGGUCCUCCAGGCAUCCAACACCAACCCUCAGGGCUGGCGGCAGCAUUGGCUGGUGCCAAGCUACGUAAAGUACACAGGGAUGAAAGCAGUUCGCCUGGUUCUGGAGGGAAAAGCGAUUCCAAUCGGUCUAGUGGGAGCAGCGGUGGUGGAGGGGAGGGGCUGAUGCAGGAGAUGAAUGCCUUACUAGCUCGCAGGUUAAACAACAGCACACACGGAAACACACACUUCCACAUUCUUAUCUCCUCCUUUUCCAGUUUUCAAAGCUUUUUGUCAAAAUGUAUUAGUUUUUGGCCAGAAAUGACACAAAAAGUUCACAUUUAA